CAUGCUAUAGUAGCUGCAGCUUUUGCUGUGUUGGUUAGCCUCUCUGCCUGCCUUGCAGAGGUUGGGGUUAGGCUGGUGGAAACCUCAUAGUUCUAUUGUAUCAUGCAUGUCUUCCUGUUCUUAAGAAGGCUGUUCAUGUGUAAACUUCUACGAAGAAUUUAUGUUGUAAAAUCUGCACAGGUUGCCACUGAAAAGAUUGUAGUAAUCAUAAAAUUGCAGUACAGUAGCCAGGUUUCUCACCUGUUUCAGUAUAUAGUUACAUAUCCUAAUUUUGUUCUUUUCAGAAUUUCACUGAGCUACAUUUAAAAACUCAUUUACUCAAGAUAAAACAACCAGAUGAAUACAACCUCCUACUGGCCCUAUCUAGGUAGCCAUCUCCUCCAGAUGGUUAUCUCCUGGUUUAUUGAGACCAGAACUUGGUGUACCAAGACUUCUCAGAUUCCAUGUAUUGUGAAUGUCAUCUCCAUCUAGGUAUUGUGUACUGUAUUGUUCCGUUUGACUGCAUGUAAGGGCCAAAUAACCCCUCCUGAGGGUGUUACUUGCAGUCAGUUGCAAGCCUGAAAGGUCAGUUGCACACCACUAUGGAAACUCUUAAUAACACUUUCUAAGUGCUGACUACUAUUCAUAAGUUUUUGUUUUUAAUACCAGUUUAAUCCACUACAGUUGUUGUUAAGUUCUUCUUCAUCAGACUCAAUGGUAAGCAAAAUCAAUGGCAAACAUCUUCAUCUUCACAGUAAAAGGCAAAUGCACUGAAUUUUUGAGCUGUCAUCAUGCUACUGUACCUGGUGACAGAGAUCUCUACACAGACUGCUGGGGGUUAUAAUAGGUGCUACAGCCAUCCUCAUAAAUACUGACAAACUAAAACCAGAUGAGCAUAUGAGGCAAAUAUCAGCUUCUUUCUGAAGUAUAUCAUAUGCACACUAAAAUGCUUCCAUCUAGUGGACAGUAGAAAGAAUAGAAUAUACUAUAUGAGGCAUUUCUACUAUUCUUUGUUCUUUUGUCUCAUAACUCUCAAGCCAUGAUAGUUUAUUGAAAAGACACCAGUGUGAAGUGUGUGGCCUAGCCUCUUUGAGUAAAUGCUUAUUUAUUGGUUGUUGGAGAUUACAAAAGAAAAGAAAAAAACAAAAAAAAAACCAAAAACGUUAUAAGCCAAGAUAUUACACCAAGGUCCAGAAAUCCAAAAAGACUCAGAGAACUUAGACCUACGAAAACCUCCAGCAGACAAGUCCUUAGUUUAUCAGGGUUGCUACAGUGCUACAGUAGAGUAAAAUACUAACAUGUGAGUCUGUCUUUCGAAAAACAAGAAACUUAAUUUUGGCCAGGAAAAAAACAGGGGAUUGAAAUGAUAUCAUAUGUGUGUGCAGUUCAGUGUGUGAGGUGUGAGUACUGGUGUAGGUUUGGGUUUUCGAGUGCACAACUAGUUUUCAUCUAAACUUUACUUUGUCCUCCAAUUAUACUGUAAGCUAUAGUGCAAGUUAACUAUACUGCUGAUCUAACAUUUAUAUAUGAGUGCCAACUCAAAUGACACUUUGACACUUUUGCCUGGUUUUGUGAGGGGGUCUCACUCACAUUGCAGUAAACAACACCUCUGUGCACAAAUUAUGUUGACACCUGCCCACAAAGUUUCCGUUGUGGGAGCUGGAAGUUUGACUACAAAAGGUAGUGGGGGGGUUGGUCCUCACCCAUUCUGUUAAGCUUUUACUUUUGUAGAACCACCAUGAUGCAAACAUUCUGCAUUAUAUUUGUCUUUCAGCUAUUCUCUCUAACUGGGGCUGCUGAGAGUGGCAUAGUGGGUGGCAAGGUUUCAAAGCCUCAUUCCAGACGCUACAUGGCAUCACUCCAGUUUCAUGGACAACACUCAUGUGGUGGGAUACUUAUUCGGGAGGACUUUGUUUUAACUGCAGCACACUGCCAAAAUUUUGACAGACCUAAGGAAAUGAUGGUGGUAUUGGGGGCACAUAAUAUAAGCGAGAGUGAACCAAGUCAGCAACAGAUCCAAGUGGCUAAAUACCAUCCACAUCCAAAAUACAGUGGAAAACAUGAUUAUGACAUUAUGCUACUUAAGUUACAAAAAAAAGCCAAACUGAACAACUAUGUGACGACCAUUGGAUUACCUAAGAAAGAUGAGAAAAUCCCUGCCAAUGCUAACUGUCUUGUUGCUGGCUGGGGCCAAACUGGAGCCCACAAGCCUGCCUCAAAUGUACUGAAGGAAACCACAGAGAAGAUGCAAUUCAGCUUUGAGUGCAAAAAUAUAUGGCAAGACUACUUCAUUCCUGAUCACAUGUUAUGCACCAAGUUUGACAAAAAGAGGGGAGGAGUUUGCCAGGGUGAUUCUGGCGGACCACUUAUCUGCAACAAAAAGCCUCAGGGUAUAACAGCUUUUACUUUAAUGGCUGAUUGUAACAAUCCGAAGUAUCCCCAUGUCUUCACUAAAAUAAAUUUCUUUCUUCCCUGGAUUAAAAAAAUCAUGCAGGGAUAUGGGAAUGUUGCAUGAGCCACUAUUCAGAGGCCAAGAAUAUUGCCCUUUCUUCCAUUGUUAAUUAAAUUGCGUGGCUUAAUAAAGCACAGUUAAUUGAUGGUCUUAGUUUGAGAAAAAGGAAUUCAUAAAGUUGAUGUAUAUGAAUGCUUUGAGAAAAAUGUGAAAAAAGCACAGUCGCUUGUAUUUUCAAAAAUCUGGCAUUAAA